GAGCCCAAAGGCUCCGGAACCGCUCUUGAUAGCGACCCUAUAUUAAUGUCUGCACGCUAGGUAUUUUUCCCUCCCAACCGGCGUCUGUGAACAGUAGGCGCACCUAAACCCCGGGAAAAGAGUAAAAUAGCCCCAGCGCGGCGCCACCGGCGACUCUGGCUUUUAACACCGAAUCCUAAUCCACCAUUAACGCCCUCCGCUCGAGCUCGAUUCCUAUCGCAGCGAAGCACGCGCGAGUUCCCCGUUCCGUCUAUAAACCCGCGCCUCCCAUCCUCUCCCUGCCCCCUCUCAUCGCGGGAUCCGAGGGAGCGCGAGGCGUCGAUGCUCACGUGCAUCGCGUGCUCCAAGCAGCUCCCCGGCGGCGCGCCGCCGCCGCGCGAGCCGCCGGAGGACGACGACGACAACGCCAUCGCCGGAGGCGGGGGUGACUCGGUGACGACGCCCAGCACGAGGCAGGCCAUCAAGGCACUUACCGCCCAGAUCAAGGACAUGGCGCUGAAGGCGUCGGGCGCGUACCGGCACUGCAAUCCGUGCGCUGGCUCGUCGGCGUCGCGGCGGCACCACCCGUACCACCACAGCGGCCCGUAUGCGGACUCCGAGGUGGCAUCCGGGUUGGACCGCUUCCACUACGCCUACCGGCGCGCCGGCAGCCCCGCGGCCUCGACCAUGAGGCUGCCCAGCGGAGGCGCCAUGUCCAGCGGCGACGUCACUCCGUCGGUGAGCGCGCGCACCGACUUCCUCGCCGGUGAUGAGGAGGAGGAAGAGGAGACGGCGGCGGGGGGCAGCGAGGACGACAAGACGAAGGAAUGGGUCGCUCAGGUGGAGCCUGGGGUGUUCAUCACCUUCCUCUCUCUGCCACAAGGCGGGAACAACCUGAAGCGCAUCCGAUUCAGCCGUGAGAUGUUCAACAAAUGGCUAGCACAAAGAUGGUGGGCUGAAAAUUACGAGAAAGUCAUGGAGCUUUACAAUGUUCAGAAGUUUAACCAUCAAGCUGCUCCUCUCCCUAGCACUCCAAGGUCUGAUGACGAUGAGAGCACCAAAGAGGAUAGCCCAACUACGCCUCGACUUAACAAGAAGCAUCUAUCAAGUACUUUCCACAGACCACUAAUGGGUAGUGGAGCGAUAGGAUAUUUAUCAUCAGAUUCUCUUGAGCACCAACCCAAUCACCUUGGCAAUGGUUACCGCCAUCACCGCUACCUUGGACACCAGUGUUAUGAUUCAGUUGGAAUGGCAUCAACACCUAAGUUGUCAAGCAUUAGUGGGGCAAAGACAGAAACUUCAUCAAUGGAUGCGUCAAUGAGGACAAGCUCAUCCCCUGAAGAGAUGGAUCAAUCUGGUGAACUCUCGGCCUCUGUUAGCAACGCUAGUGACACAGAAAGGGAAUGGGUAGAAGAGGAUGAGCCUGGUGUGUAUAUUACUAUUCGGGCUUUGCCUGGUGGCAUCAGAGAACUCAGGCGCGUCAGAUUCAGCCGAGAGAGAUUCAGUGAGAUGCAUGCCAGGUUAUGGUGGGAAGAGAACCGGGCGAGGAUACAUGAUCAGUAUCUCUGAUAGAAGACAUUCAAUUGUAUUCGUUACCAACUGCUACUUCCAACAUCAAUCUCAGAUGGAAGCAAUUUGUGUACAUUGGGCACUAACAUCGUGUCGUCAGGUUUGCUCUGUGCCUGCUCAACAAUGACCACAGCAGCGAGGACUGCUUUCAUCACAUGUUUUUCUUCUCUGCGUUGUCAUAAGUUUGUAUAGGCGGUUUGUGCAAGAAAACUUCGAGGAAUUGCACUUUUUAUCAGCCAGUGUUUGCUGUUUAGGAAAAGUAAAAGGUGUUCAUACCAUCAACCGAUGUUGCAGAUUCUUUCCUUUUCUUUUUGAAGAAGAAGACGUUCAUAUUGGGUUUUGGCAUGUUUAGUGUCUGUUUUUACGGUACAAGUGAACGGUGUAAGAGCUACCCGCGAAGUGUUACAUAUUCCAAUUUCCUUCAUGAUUUGCUUUA